AUGUCCAACCCCAAACCUAGAGGAGAGGCUUGGAAAAACCCCGAAGAUGUAUCGUUGUGCAUGGCGGUGGUCGCGGUUGGUGAAGAUGGUGACAAAGCUACCGGUCAAGAGAAGAAAAAAUUAUGGGAUCGUAUAUGGGAAGUGUAUGAAGCUUGCAAGCCACCCGGUUCCGUUAUUAGAUCGGGAGGAGGGUGUGAAGCUCAUUGGAGAAAGAUUAGGCCGGGUUGCACAAGGUGGCGUGAAGCUCUUACCAAAGCGGAGGCCGCUCACGCAAGUGGUGAAAAUGCCACCGAAUUGGAAGUGCAAGCUAGGUUGAUAUAUCGUACAUUGUUUUUGGGGGAGGAGUUUAAAUUUGCGCAUUGUUGGUCAAUAUUAAAGGAUACAGAAAAGUUUAGCAAACCUCCGUCUUUGGAUGAGGAAAUCUCUAGUGGUCCGUCACCUAUUGACUUGUCAGGAGAAGAUACACCUAUUGAGGGAACCCCAAGCCCUUCAAAUGUGCAUGCACGCCCUCCAGGCCAAAAAGCUCAAAGGGCUGCUAAGAAAAAAUGCAAGGAAGAUAACACAUCUCAACUCUUAGCUCAAAUGAAAAGAAUUGCGGACCAAGGAGAUCGUGAUCUCAAACACAUACUACAACUUAGGGAGGAGACUAGACUUGCACAAGAACGUGCGGAUGAUGGAGCCACAAUGGUGGUGGAUCCAUCAAAAUUUCCCGCCUCAAUUAGGGCUUAUUGGGAAAGGAAGCAAGCUAUGGUUAUUGAGAGGGAGGAUCGAACAAACUUACAAUGCCGGGUUACACCAACCACUUGCUUCAUCUGA